AUGUGGAACAUACUCUUAUGUAUUGAAUUCCUCUUCCAGUCCCAAGGUAGAAGUAUUGAAGCAGCUUCAAAAGAAACCAGAACAUCAGGGGCUGAAACUGCAAUACGAAUUUUCGAUAAUAUACGCUCAACAUUGACCAGCUUUGUCGAAGAUCGACUGGCAACCCUAAAGAAUGUGAUCAAAGAACCUGAAUUGGAUGGUUGGAAUUUGUAUCUAGGUGAUUGGGGGUACAAUACACAGAAGGAGAGGGAGGAGGCAGCUACAAUUCCCAGGAUUCGGAUCCUUGAGCUUUCUGACUUCAGUAAGAAGUUGAAGUAG